AUGACAGCCGUUUUGGAUCCCUCCAAGCCGUUCUCUGCAGAGCUGCACGUCAUCAGACGGCUGAACUCCAGUCUGGAAACUGCACGGGCAAACUUUCCUAAUGCUGGAUGUCGCCCCCCUGCUGGGCAUGUCAACCUGGCUCCUUUACGAAAUGACGUCCCCCUGCUGGAUCCUUGCUGCGGUCAUCUCAGCGCUGGAGCGGAGGUAGAUCUAGGGGUCAAAGGUCGACAGAAAUUCAUAGUUUUCCAGCAUGUGGCCUCUGCACUUCGGGUGCCUCCUGGUCUCAGAGAGAGGGCACAAACAGCUCCAAAUGCCUCGGGUGUCUGUGUUGACCUGAGUGAAGACAAGGCCUGGAACUCCAGGAGGAUCCCUGAUGCCGCCUUUAGAGCCAGACUCAAUGGUUCAAACAAUCCUGUUGAAGUUCACCCACGCUCACUGAAGACUAAAGCAGCAUCGUUCAGCAGAUUCCCUGAAAAAAACACUGGACCUCGGGAUGUCUUCUCUAAUGAUCUGAGACUGCGGACAGACAACUCAGCGGCAGUUCAGCGAUUCAGAUACACUUCUGCAACACAGAGGAGUUAUGAAGAAGUUGGCUGGGAUGCAAAGUUACCCCGGCGCUUGAAGGCACCAGAAACAACUCUGGAAAAAACAGCGGACCCAGUGAGUGAGCGUCCCUCAUCGAAGCGAUACAACAGUCAACCUCAGCUGUGGCAGUCUGUUGGAGCAGAGUGGAACAGGCAGCAGCUUCGAUCCAGGAGUGAUGCCAAGAAACCAAUAUCAUUCUGCAGUGGAUGUCCGAGAUCAGGUCAGAUCCCUUUGUACACCGGUACGAUCGGCUCUGAGAACAUGCAUAACAUCGACAACAUGGACCAACACUUUCUCCCACUGACCCUGAAGAGGAGCGUGGUGCCCCCGUAUGUGCCUACAGCACGCCGAACCACCAUCCCUGGAUAUACAGGCAGGGCUGCGUAUGCUAACUCUGCUGAGGCUGCAGUCUCCGUCCCAGCUGUCUCCCGGCCUGCACGCUCCUCUGAGUGA